AUGGCCAAGAAGAUCAGUGUCGUCAAGCUUCGGCGGGAGCUCUUGCAGAAGUUUAAGGGCUGGUCGGUGGUCGCGAAAGGGGAGCUUGACCGGAGGGGCGAUGAUUUUGACAGCGACCUCUCGGGGCACGACCCGUACAUGGAAUUCUUGGAGGAAAAGGACGAGCGUUGCAUGGGAGCCACAGUGUUGAGGCCGCCGGGGAAUUUGGAAGAGAAUUUUAAGAAACUGGGGGACGGGGAGAGGAAGCAGCUAACAGUGGAGGCUGGCAUGGCCAAAAUCAGAUACAGGGAGGCACUGGUGGGAGAGUACAAGGAGGUUCUGGAGAUUGACGAGCUCCCCUUUGAGUUCCAAUUGUCAGGCAGAGCAGCGAAGGACCUGAGGAGCGACUUUUUGAAACACGCAGCGAGUGCGAGCCAAGAUUCUCCACAAGACAACAAGAGAAUGUGGGGGACACUCUGCCCCAGCGAACUAGAGGCGGCGAAGAAGUUGAAAGCGGUGUUGGAUGAGCUGUGGAGCAUGUCUCCGGUUACGCUCAAGAGAUGUUCUCAGCAUGGGACUACUCCUUUGAGUGCUCCUGGGUUUGGGACAUCCUCCUGGAAACCGUCGCCAACAGUACGCGGGGAAAGGAAGGCGACGUCAUAG